AUGGAGCGUCUCGCUCAGGAGAUUGUCCUCCACAUGCUAUCCAGGCUUCCGGUAACAUCUUUGCUGCAAUCAAAGCUAGUAUGCCGAGCCUGGCGAAGGUUUCCCAUGGAGCUCCCAAAAUUGAUUAAGUAUCCUCCAAGAUUAGGAUUGUAUGGAUUUGGUUUCCUUCCAACAACAAAGGAAUACAAGUUGGUCCAUAUAUAUUAUCAUAGAAACUUUAGACCUGGAGGCGACCCUCAAAUUCCUGCAUCAACUUUAGAACAAUCUGAGGUUUUGGUCGGAGGCAGACUUCAUUGGCUUUCUGACCCUAACAGAUACACCAGAGCCGGCCAGAUCAUAUCCUUCUACCUAACAACAGAGAAAUUUCAGGAGUUCCUUCCUAAACCUGAUUACUGUGGCUUAGUUAGGUGUUUCCAUCAGCUGGUGGUCUUACGAGGUUGUCUCUCUGCAGCUGCUUAUCAUGAUAACGACAAACUGGAGAUUUGGGUCGUGAAGGAAUAUGCUGUGAAGGAGUCUUGGAUCAAGGAAUUUACCAUUGGAACAUACUUGCCAACAACAUUGCGGCAACAUGAUCUCAAAUUAGUCCUUAAUUCCAAGGACUAUUUCCCUGAAACAUUUGCCGGCGUACUAUGGAUUUUGAAAAAUGGUGAGAUUUUAUUGGAGUACAUGGGAAGGGAACUUGUUCUAUAUGAUCCAAGACAAGGAACAUUCAAAGAGCUUAUAUGUCCUGAAAUGCUUAAGUAUCUUAAGAUUAUUGCUCAUGUUGUUAGCCUCAUUGGGACUGACAAUACUGUCAUUAUUUCUUAAGAAGUAAUCUGUAAUUAAUGGAUGUUUCCUUUUUGUUUGGAUCUGCUUGUUGAAAAUCAAUCUUGCUUUAUAACAUUUCAUAUACUUUGCCUUCUCAUGGCAUUGGUUGCCUAGCUUA